GCCAGCACGCUGCUGUACGUAAGGCGGGCGCUCCAGGUUUCCUGGCUGACAAGAUGGCGGCUCCGGGACCGGGGGAGUACUUUAGUAUCGGCAGCCAGGUCUCCUGCCUCACCUGCUUGGGACAGCGCCUUCAGGGGGAAGUCGUGGCCUUUGACUACCAGUCUAAGAUGUUGACUUUGAAAUGCCCCUCUUCCAGCGGAAAACCCAACCUCAGUGAUGUUAUCUUGAUUAAUUUAGCCUUCGUUUCAGAAGUUGCUAUACUAAAUGACCGCACGGAGACUCCUCCACCAUUAGCAUCGCUGAAUGUUAACAAGCUUGCCACCAGAGCACGGUCAGAAAAAGAAGAUAAGUUAUCCCAAGCGUAUGCAAUUAGUGCCGGGGUUUCCAUGGAAGGCCAGCAGCUUUUUCAAACUAUACACAAAACGAUCAAAGACUGUAAAUGGCAGGAGAAGAAUAUAAUUGUGAUGGAUGAUGUUGUAAUCACCCCACCUUACCAAGUCGAGAAUUGCAAAGGCAAAGAGGGAAGCGCUUUAAGUCACGUACGCAAAAUAGUAAGUGGAGGUCGAGAAACAUUUUAGAGAUUUGGAGAAUCAAAAGGUAAUGCAGCGUUCACAAGCACAGCAAACACAGAAGGACUCAACUUUAUCAUCUUGAGCCACAGAAGAUUUUUGGAACAGGAGUUUUUUUUUUUUUUUGUUUAUUUUUGUUUUUUUUUGUUUUUUUAUUUUAUUUUUUUUUUCUCCCCUUCACCCUUCCUCCCCCCUCAAUAAGCUGUGUCAAACAGGGGCUUCAGCCCCUUCAGAUCUGCCAGUACUGCAGAAGAGGGGGGAGUCCGAGACCCUAGUUUUCUGAUUUAGAGAAAAACAGUUUUAAAAUAUAAAUAUAUAUAUAAAUAAUAAAAAACGGAACAAGUAA